AUGACAAUGCACUCUGGCCUCAGCCGCUUCUGCUUCAGCCGCAUCCGCCUCCACAGCUCUGGCCUCAGCCGCUUCCGCUUCAGCCGCAUCCGCCUCCACAGCUCUGGCCUCAGCCGCUUCCGCUUCAGCCGCAUCCGCCUCCACAGCUCUGGCCUCAGCCGCUUCCGCCUCAGCCGCUUCCGCCUCAGCCGCUUCCGCCUCAGCCGCUUCCGCCUCAGCCGCUUCCGCCUCAGCCGCUUCUGCCGCUUCCGCCUCAGCCGCUUCUGCCGCUUCCGCCUCAGCCGCUUCCGCCUCAGCCGCUUCCGCCUCAGCCGCUUCCGUCUCAGCCGCUUCCGCCUCUGCCGCUUCCGCUUCAGCCGCAUCCGCCUCCACAGCUCUGGCCUCAGCCGCUUCCGCUUCAGCCGCAUCCGCCUCCACAGCUCUGGCCUCAGCCGCUUCCGCCUCAGCCGCUUCCGCCUCCGCCGCUUCCGCCUCAGCCGCUUCCGCCUCCGCCGCUUCCGCCUCCGCCGCUUCCGCCUCCGCCGCUUCCGCCUCCGCCGCUUCCGCCUUAGACGUAACAGCUCGAUCUUUACCCUGUUUACAAGUAUUUGA